UAUAUAUAUAUAUACACACACUAUGCAUCGCUUGCUUCCCAUCUCCAUUAUUACCUCCUUCACUUUCUCUUUGUAUUUCUCUAUUUUUCUUGUAGCCAGAGUUCUGAAGGACAUGAGUAAUUGGGAUCACAACAAAAGUCAAGAACCAUAUCCAGCAAGCUCUCCAAAUCCUUUUGUUGCUCCACCACCAGCAAAUUAUCCUAUAAACAAUGGAAACUCUCCUCGUCUUCCUCCUCCUCCUCCUCCUCCAUUGCAAACCAAAUCCAAGGGUGAUGGAUUUUGGAGGGGAUGUUGUGCUGGCUGGUGUUGCUAUUGUUGCUUGGAUGCUUGCUUUUGAGGGCUAACCACUAUUUCAUAAUUCCACAGACUUGAGUUCCUUCUCUUGUGUAUAUAUGAUAUAAAAUAAAUAAAU